GCUGACGCCACCGCCCACUGCAAACCCACUUCCACUCACUGAUAGUCCCCCCCCGACGUGACGAGACAAGGAGGACAUCCUUGUGGACGCAUGCAAUAAAAAGCCACCAAGAAAAAAGUUGUGGCCCAGUGUAGUCGCCUCCAGGCUGCACGGGGAGGGGGGCCGCUUGACUGACACAAAACCACCAGAAGAGAGGAAGGAGCGCUCCCAUCUCGCUCCCAUCUCACUCGGCUCCAGCCACCGCCAAGAGAAGACAUGAAAAUGUCCAGUAAAGCCACUCUAGUCUUCCUCAUUUACGGAAUAAUCUCGCAUCACAGCUGGGGGCUUGGCUUUCCGAGUGUGAGAUUGGACAGUGAAGUUUAUGACGAGGAUGGACGUUCUAUGCCCUCCGCGGACUACGACAGAGAGCAGCUGGACGUGAGAACUUCUCCGUCGGUGACCAACGACGUCUACUCGUACUACCCGCCCGAGAAAAGACUGGAGAGACAUGCAGACGGCAUGUUUAAUAAAGCCUACAGGAAAGCACUGGGUCAGUUAUCAGCCAGGAAGUAUCUUCAUUCUCUCAUGGCAAAACGUAUCGGCGGGAAGGCUACGGACGAGAACUGGGAGCCUCUGUCCAAGCGACACUCGGACGGCAUCUUCACGGACAGCUACAGUCGCUACCGGAAGCAGAUGGCGGUGAAGAAGUACCUGGCGGCGGUGCUGGGGAAAAGACAUGAAGACGUAGCUUUCCAUCGUGCGCUACAAGACAUGGACUUUGAUGCCCUCCCAGACGGGGAGGACUUGGAGGCUUUUUUGGGGGACUGGCUCAAACGUGUCUUCCCCAAGUUCCUGCAGGAGAAGGAUGGCGUGAUGCAAGGACGUUGAACGAGGAGGGACGAGAAGCUUUGCGACGCACGGAGCACUUUGUGGCUGCUGUGCUUUGCAUCGGCUUUUUUUUGUCUUUUUGUCCAAUGGAAAUGGCCAUGAAAGACGGCUAUUAAGUGGCCCUAAGAUGCUGCACAUCAUCAGCUUACACCCCAGACCUUUGUGCUUGUUGGACAGUAGACCUCCUUUUUUUUUUGGUGUUCUUUUUCUUGUGAGACGCCUGCAACUUGUGUACAAUAACCACACAGCCAAUAGCCUUACAAAAAUAAAAUAAAAUCAUGCAUAAAUAUGUAUUUACCUGACAGGAAGUGAUUCUUAUAGUUAGGACUGAGUGUCAAGUCAAUAAAUGUUCAAAAAAAAUGUUGAUUUCUUUGAAUAAAUUUUUGUAAACAACAAAA